AUGGAGAAUCUAUCUGCUCGAAUACAAGAAGAAGUCAGACAAUCUCUGCAAAACAAUGACCUGGCCUCAGCUGCUUCAAAGAUCCGGGGCUUUCUGUGCCAGGAGGAAAGUAUCCCUCUAAAUAUUGCCGUCACAGGAGAGGCUGGCUCUGGUAAAUCCACCUUUGUUAACGCUAUCAGAGGCGUUGAUAACAGGGAUGAGGGAGCUGCUCCUACUGGUUGCGUAGAAACCACCAUGGAACCUACCCCCUACCCCCAUCCUCACUUCCCCAGUAUUACUGUAUGGGAUCUUCCGGGUAUUGGCACCAUGAAAUUCCCGGCUGACAAGUACCUAGAGCAUGUUGGAUUUGAGAGGUUUGACUUCUUCAUCAUCAUCUCAGCUGAACGCUUCAGAGAAAAUGAUUCGAAGCUGGCAAAGGAGAUCCAGAAGACGGGGAAGAAGUUCUACUUUGUCCGCUCAAAGAUUGACGACAACAUUCGCAAUGAGAAGAGAAGUCAGAGGGACUUCAAUGAAGCUCAGUCUCUUAAACGGAUCAGAAAAUACUGCGUUGAAGGUAUGCCAAAAGUAAAAUUUUAAGUUUAAACAACUAAAAAAAUUGUUAUAAACAGAGAAGAGGAACAUGUCUGCCGUCAUAUAGGGACUUCUAGCGACUUCAAGGGCAGCCACUAGCCACUUUCCUUACUGAGGAGUUGGCAAAGCUGUCAAGAGUUUGCAUGCUGGGCUGUGGCCCAAGUUGACCAAAAGCCACUUAGCUAAAUGUUAAUGUAGGCUAUGGGAAUUUACACUGAAGUGCUUGCAAAGUUAGCAUCCACUUUGCAAGUAUUUUAACAGCAAAAAUGAACUAUUUAAACCAAAUAUGUUAAAAACAACGCUUAACAAAACUUUAUUCACAGGCAGGUGCUUUUACCACUCCUUAGAAAUAAAUAAAAAAAAUGCUGCUCUGUUGAAUUUUGUUGAUCCAAACUUUGCUGCCUUUCUGCUAGUACAUGGACACCUCACUAAACUGUGGUAGACUAAAAUGGUCAAACUAUACAAAUUCAAAAUCACGACAAAACCAAAUUUCGCACCUUUUGUAAAACAGUGCAUGACCAUACAGGGUAGCACAACUAUCAAAUGGCAUGAACAAGAGUUACAGCGCUGUAAACAUAACAGUGUUUUAAUUUUUGACAUGCAUCCCAAUAGCCACUUGCCAAAGCAUUUUGUUAAUUGUUUUUAGGGGAGCAGACACCCUUACCCUUUAACUGUCUCCACACUCCAAGUGUGAGUAAAAUCAUUUGCGCGGAUGAAUGACAUGUUAAGUCAAUGCAAAGAUGCGAUUAGAUGCUCCUACUACUCUGGUGGCUUGAAUGAUAUGAAUUGGGCGGGAGCUGAAAAUGUCAACUUCAGCAGAUAUUCUCGUCACGAUAACUUAUCAGCAGGAAGGUUGUUGGGUGACGUAUGAAAAUGGACGGUUGUCCAUUGGUAUCUAAAACGGAGGACACUGAUUGUGGCGGUGUGUUGGUGCCUCGAAUUAUAUGAUACCUAAUUACUGAGACCAGAAUAAAAAGGUGGUCGCCUGGAGGCAAGUGAGUGAGGAGGUUGGAUUACCUGUGAAAUUGUAAAUAACCUUUGUCUAUCACUUGAUCCCGCCAAUUAAAUUAGCAGGAAUUACCGUUGACUUGCAAAUGAACCAAGUAAAUACUAUUCAUACAUGGAUUUAGAUUUGUGCAAAGGUGAGUAGAUGAUUUUUUUGCCUGGUGUGAGCACCCAAUUAGAAUAGGCUUAAAACAUUCCUCUUUGAUAAAGCUUAUAGUAAGAAGUAAAUAAGUAAGUAUAUAGUAAGAGCUGGUUCAGGCCUGGGCAAGCUCUUAGUUAGGCUGCUAUAGGUUUAAACCGUGUGUGUGUGUGUGUGUGUGUGUGUGUGUGUGUUUGUGUGUGUGGAGGGGGGGCACUUUGAGCAUCUUUCCUUCUUUCUUUAUCCUCCUUCUGUAUGUGUCAUUAACUUCGAUUCAUUAUGUCCCAUCAGUCUUUUCUGGGAGUCCAUGUGCUUCAUCAUGUUGUAGGUUCUUCUGGAUUGCUGCUGCUCAUGCGGACCUGUCUGCUCAUCUCUUUCUCUAAACCCAGCUCAGUCUCAGCAGAUGACUGUCUAAUGUCAGUCUGGUCCCGCUUAAUGUUUCUGCCUGAUAAAGGAAGUUCUUCCUCUCCUCUGUGACUUGUUAAAUGCUGUAAAGUGUUUCACUCGUGUGGUUGAAGACGGGAUGGGAGUGGGUCUGAUCUUAUAAGAUGGGGCUCAGUCUGAUCCUUUUACAUUGGGUCUUUGUAAGUAGUUUAAUCUAGAUCAGCUUUUUUUGUGAAGCAUCUAGGGCUAACAGUUGUCGUGACUUGGCACUAAAAAGAUUGAUUGAUUGAUUGAUUGAUUUAACAGUAUAUUUAUCACAGUAUAGAAGCUAAUCAUUAUGUUUUUGUUUCUUUUUGUCACACAGGUCUUCAGAAAGAAGGUUGCCAGUCCCCUCAGGUCUUCCUGAUAUCCAGCUUUGAGCUCCACCUCUAUGACUUCCCUUUGCUAGAGGAGACGCUGGAGAGAGAACUUCCUCAACACAAGAGGGACACCUUCCUGUUAGCCAUGCCCAAUAUGAGCCAGGAGAUCAUCAACAGGAAGAAGGAGGCUUAUAGUUACAAUAUAAAAUACUAUUCAGCUCUAUCUGCAGCUGCAGGAGGUGUACCAAUGCCUGGUCUUGGAGCUGCUGUUGAUACAGGCUUGGUGGCUCAUGUUGUCAAUCAGUAUGUAAUUGGGUUUGGUCUUGACAGACCAUCACUGCAGAGAUUAUCCGAUAGCACAGGUGUUCCUUUAGAUGAAUUGAUGAAAGUCAUCUUCUCACCACUGGCAACAAAUGAAGUAACUUCUGAUGUUAUCGUGAAGAUACUUGCUCAAAGUGCCAGCGCAGUUGCUUUAAUGGCAGCAGAGGAAGCAGUCAAAUUCAUUCCACUACUUGGGAUCCUGACAUCCAUGACUCUGUCUUUUACCACAACCUACAGAGCUCUCAGUUUGUUACUCCAAGAGCUUGCUGAUGAUGCUCAGAGGGUGUUUAGAAGAGCUCUGGGUUUGAACACCACAGUGUGA